AACAACAGAUUGACGUGUCAUGCCUAUUUGAAUGACAGCAAAUUACGAAUCGGUGAACAGAUUCAUCGAAGUUGCCCACAAUAUAGGACCUGCAGCUGCAGUGAGUCACUCGGUCUUUUAACUUUGAACCUAAAUAGUUGUUACACUCUACAUAAAUAAUUAUCAGCUGAUUAUCAGUGACGAUUUUAUCCUCCGUGACUUGCGUAUUUACAAGACGUAGGCUUGUCCUUAGUGGUGGUUCUCAAGGUUCUUAGUACUAUAUAAGCUGACCGAACAUCGUCUUAUUUUUAUUGACUUCGGUAGUUGACAGCAUCCGGGUAAGUGCGAUAUCUUUAGUUGCUCAGUGGAAAACGCCGGAACAUCCCUUUGUGUUCUAUUUUUAAAUUCUGUGCGGCAGUGGAAUUACACUCUUGUUUUCUAACUUAUUGGAACAUUCAGAUCAUAACGAAAUCUGUUUCGCGAGUGACAGCACGAAGUGAAUUUGUCAUACUUCAGUGUAAACGUGAAGUUGACUUUCAGUGAAUAUUGUUUAAUUGCACGAUCAACUUUUAUUAAUUUUCAAUUUUUACAAGUUGAAUAAUUUAUUACUGUGAUUCAGUGCUUAAGGAUCAACUUUCAGACUUAUUACACAAGUACAUUUGUUGUUUUAAAAUGUUGGUUGCAGGUUUGCAGUUAUUUGGAACUGCAUUUUGUGCGUUGCGGUUUAUUUCGCCUAGGUUUAUUGCCAUGGCGCAAGCAGAGUCUGCCAAAGAUUGGAAAAGUGCCUCAUCCGUUUAUGACUUCACAGUGAAAGAUAUCAAAGGCGAUGAUGUCUCCCUGGAAAAAUACAAAGGUCAUGUCUUAAUAAUUGUAAAUGUUGCAUCACAAUGUGGACUGACUCCUACAAAUUACAAAGAACUGAAUGAAUUGUAUGAAGAAUAUAAGGACACCAAAGGGUUGCGGAUUCUGGGAUUUCCAUGUAAUCAGUUUGCAGGGCAGGAACCUGGAGGCUCAGAGGAGAUACAGUGCUUUGCUCUGAAAAGCAAUGUAAAGUUCGAUUUGUUUCAAAAAGUUGAUGUGAAUGGAGAUAAUGCUAGUCCUCUGUGGAAGUACUUGAAAAUGAAGCAAGGAGGCACUCUAGGAGAUUUCAUAAAGUGGAACUUUACCAAGUUCAUAAUUGACAAAAAUGGACAACCUGUGGAACGUCAUGGGCCAAAAACUGAUCCGAAAAAACUGAUCCCAUCAUUGGAGAAAUAUUGGUGAAACAAGUACUGCUUGUCUUGAAGUGGAAAAGACUGGAUUUAGAUAUAUAUUAAUUCUAAUAUAGAAUACAUUUAUAUUUACACAAUUGCUUUGUUGAAAAAUGAAUAUCCUCUCUGUCAUUUAAUCUCAGAAAAUCUUUUUGCAAAUCAGUUUUGUAAAUAUUCUGCUACAAACCAUUUUGUGAAAUAGAGCAAAAUGCAGGUUUUGAAAUUUCAAUUUUACGUAUAAGCAAAUUUCUUUUGUAAGAAGUUAAUAAAGGUUAUGAUUGUUUGUACACCUUUUGUCAUCAGUUAAUUUGUCAACAAUAAGCUAAAGUUAUUGCAGUUUUGUAAAAUACUGUAUUUAAUGAUGCAUUGCUGUGGAUGUUAUGUUAAGAUCACAUGUAUAUUUUUUAUGCUAUAUUAAAUGUGAUAUUUCCGAUUCCUUUUUCUUAAUUGUUUUUUUUCAUUUCUAAUCUAUGACAUCUGAAAACAAAUUUUUUUGUCCCUUUGAAUAUUCAGAAAAGAAUUUGAGAGUUGUAUGAAGAAAGAAAGACAUUUUUUAAUGAAUUUAUUAAGCAUAUUCCACAAAUACUAUGCAAGGGAGUUUUUGUUUGGAAACCUUAGUUUUGAAAUGUUUUUAAAUUGAUGUAGGUAUUUAUUAUUUAGUAUAUAAAUACAUUGCAGUUCUUUGAUUGUAGCAAGAUAAAAUGACUAACUAGAAAAUAUUUCACCAUUAUGAAGUUGGGUAAUUUUGAAACUUAUACCAAAAAUGUAAAAGGUUUAGAUCACUUUGCAGGUUUUGUAAAUAAUCUUGGUUAUGGUUCAUUUUCUAGUUAUUCUGUGACUGAAUAUUGUAAUAACAAAACUAUAAUAUUGGUAUUCAACUCUGGUGAAGUCUUGUUAUGUUUGACUCUAAUGGGUUAUUCAUGAGACAUGAUGUGACUUGUGUUUUAAUAGUCUGAGUCUUGUUUAUGGCUCUGGCAGUGAUGUAGAAUAACUGCAAAGAGUAAAGACCAGUAUGUACGACUCGUGCUUCUCAAAUUAAGUUUGAAAACAGUGAAAAAAUGGUUUUAUUUCGCAAAAUAUCAUCUUACAAAUUAUUUUUCUGGGGAUUGUGCUUAUCACAAUUUUUCCAGCCAUUGAAUUCUACUUUCAGUGAUUUUGAAGGUAGUCUUAUUGCACUUCAAGUUGAUACUUUGAGUUGGCCUCAGGUUGGAUUAUUAAAAACAAUGUUUUUAAUUUUAUUUAAAAUGUGGAUUCAUGGAGUUCUUCCGUUUGAAGUUGAGCUACCGUUAAGUCAGCUAGUUAAGGAAUCCCGAGAUCAAAAAGGAAUGAUCAUGGACAUUAGUAAAUGUAAUUAUUAUUACAAGAAUUUGUCAUACACUCUUUCAUCAAGAAAUUUCAGUCAUAUUUUUCCACAUGAAACAAUGAUAAUUUCAUGGCAAAAAAUAGUAAAUGGUCUGCGUAUUUUACUCCAUUACACUCUUUGCUCCAUCGUCAGUGCCAUACUCUCUUAGCCCAGCAAUUUGUGUUCUAAUCCAGCGUAAUGUUAUCAGAAACAGCUGAUCUGUGGGUCAUGGCCGUGACGGGAAGUCUCUGUCAGUCUGUUCUGAAUCUUUGCAAAGAAGGGCUUCGACGAUACAUUUGCUUGUGAGUGAACGGCAUUCGUGUGUUAAAUAUCAAGAGCAGUUAGCGUACUUGUACGGAUUCCAUCAUCUGCAAAUAGUGCAGACAUCACGAGGAUUAGUUGUGGUUUUUACUUUUAAUUUUGAUUUGUGUGAAAUAAUUUGGUACUACACGUACAUUGCGUGUGAGAUUGUUGUAUGUUACAUUGUCAAAGUUGGAUUUUCUAUUCUUAGGAAUUAAUAUUACUUUCCGAGUUGAUCGUGAAUCAAUAUAUUGCAAGCAAAGAGUGAAAUAAAUUUGCUUUGAAAUUACCGAACUUAACAUAGAGUUUAUUAUUCGUUGUUUCUUUAACAGUUAUGUUCUCACGGAAUAUGAUGCCUAGUACCAACUGCAUUGUAACUAACUCGAUUAAGAAGGUUAAGGGAAAAGAUUUUCUAUCGCUAAGGAUUGUCGAUCUCACUCAACGUCCUCGGUUGCUAGCAAGCGCCAGAGCGCGGGGGGACAGACUCCUAACGUUAGACAAUCUGAAUCCGUGCAUCAAAGCGAUGGAAUACGCGGUUCGCGGCCCUCUUGUAACUCGAGCAUUAGAAAUCGAGAAGGAACUGAAGCAGGGCACAAAAAACCUAUUUAAUGAAGUUAUCAAAGCUAAUAUUGGUGACAGUCAAGCCAUGGGACAAACGCCAAUUACAUUUGUUAGACAGGUCAUGGCACUGGUGACUUAUCCUGAGCUAAUGAAAGUUUCAAUAUUUCCUGACGAUGUUAAGGAGAGAGCAAAAUUGCUUCUUACUGGGUGCCGCGGAGAAAGUGCUGGAGCUUAUCCAUUAUCGCCUGGUAAUGAAUUUGUUUGCCGACAUGUGGCUGAAUAUAUCGAAAAAAGAGAUGGAUUCCCUUGCGAUUCAAAAAAUAUAAUUUUGUGCGCUGGCGCUACAGAAGGCAUAAAACAAAUCUUAAAACUUUUAAUUUGUGAAACUGAAGGUCUCAAACCAGCUAUUAUGGUGCCUGUACCUCAGUACCCAUUGUAUUCUUCGACAACCACAGAGUUUGGAAUGCAACAAGUCGAUUACUAUUUAGAUGAAUCCAGAGGUUGGGCGUUAACGACAAAAGAACUGACCCGAGCGCUCAACGAUGCCAAAGGGCUGUGUAAUCCUCGGGCUCUUGUUGUUAUCAACCCGGGAAAUCCCACAGGCCAGGUUCUCACUAAAGAAAAUAUUGAAGAAAUCAUAAAUUUUGCAUAUGAAAAAGGCUUGAUUUUGCUGGCAGAUGAAGUAUAUCAGAAUAACAUUUAUGACAAGAACAGUGAAUUUCAUUCUUUUAAAAAAGUCAUGAUGCAAAUGGGUCCACCAUAUUGCGAAAUGGAAUUAGCCAGCUUCAUGUCUUCCUCCAAAGGCUACACGGGAGAAUGUGGAUUUCGAGGAGGUUAUAUCGAAAUGAUUAAUUUUGAACCUGAAGUAAAAGCUACGUUCUUAAAGAGUAUUGUAGCAAUUCAUUGCUCUACUCUUGGUCAGGUAGCAGUGGACUGUGUGGUGAAGCCUCCUGAGCCGGGACAGCCAUCCUACGAGUUGUUUGUCAGAGAAAAGACUGCAGUUCUGAAAUCACUAGCUGAAAGAGCAGAAAUGGUAGCAAACACAUUCAACUCUAUUGAAGGGAUGUCCUGUAAUGCGGUCCAAGGAGCGAUGUACGCUUUUCCUCAGAUAUAUUUACCAGAUAAAGCAAUUCAAAUAGCUGGAAAGCAGCAAAUAAGUCCCGAUACGUACUACGCGCUACAGCUGCUGGAAAACACAGGAAUAUGCAUUGUUCCUGGUUCUGGAUUUGGACAGAAGGAGGGUACACACCAUUUCAGGACGACAAUACUUCCUCAGCAUAAAAAGCUUAAAAAAAUGCUGCAAAAAUUCAGAACAUUUCAUGAAGAAUUUUUGAAACAACAUAAAUAAGUAUUACAAUACAUGCGUACGUCGUCUUGAUUAGCUGAAUCCCAGUUAAUCAGACGUUUCGGGUUGUCUUCAGCAGUGAAGAUUUUGUUUCUAAACAAAAAUAAAGAAAAUAAUUUUGGGCAAAAGGUAGCCCUAAGUGAAAAAUGAGAAAUAUGUUAUUAAUGAAGAAUUUUAAUGAACAGAAUUGUGUUUUAUGUUUUAAGAAUACAUUUUGCCUAAAAUUGUAAUAAUCGGUUCCUAGUUAAACUUGUAGAUGUCAUUGGACGAUUUCAUUAAAUUUGUUUGUUUCGCACUCUCUUGUAUUCUACUUAUCAUUUUUUUAAAUAAUUUUUCGAAGUUUUGCUAAUCGUUUGUUUA